UGUUUAUGUUAAUUUUUUAGAUCCUGAGAUGAGUGCGGAUAUCUGGCAUGGGAGUGGAUCGAAUGCUUUGCCUUUGGAAUAUUCCUCACAUUCAAGGGAAUCUUUACAUGUGCUAGAACUUAAUGUUUUUGGACGGCACGUAUUUUUUAAGUUUGUGUUUUUACGAUUUUCGUUCGUCUUGCUUUGUUGGCAAGCAAUUAGUUCUUGAUUGUAUAUCAACUGCUUCUCAUAUCAACAUUAAAAAGAAUAUUAUCGCUUCUUCCUCUGCUGACAAUGAUUUCCUUGUUGUUAUUCAUGACAAAAAUUCAUUGGGAUGGACUGUAAUGCCACUGAAAGACGUUGUUGAACAAAUUGGCCCAGUUGGACUUGAUGCAACCUCAAGAUACAAACCAAUGCUUCAACGUCUUCCGCUUUUCGCUGGAUCUUGUCAAAUGCUUUUCCUAGCUUCAAGUUUUCAACAACUUCAACUAAAUCUGAAUCGAACAGAUGGUGUACUUUCUGCUCAUAAACGUUUAUGCACUACACAAAUCAACUUUCCAUUGCCUCUUUUUCACUUUAUUCCUCAAUUAACUGUUGAUGACGCAUCAGCACAUUCAAAAAUUUCGGCUAUUUUGGACAAUAUAUUGCUUAGCUUUUCUAAUGCAAAUCAAUCUGUAUGCGAUUCUGUCAUAUUGGAUUUAUUAUCUCGGGAAUUUUACUAUUCAAUGAAUGAAAAAAGUAUUCAGGGACUCUCAUCCUUUCGAAUUUUAGAACGUCGUUCCCACAAUGGUUUAACUUUUUUGGAAGAGCCCAUUUGCCUUCUCUUGGAACCACUACCGUUUAUAUCUCAUGCUGAUUCAUUUUCGCAUCCACGUUCAUCAGAAAGUCUUGAAUUUGGUGUUCGUCAGUGUGUGCGUUUUCGUUCACUUCCUGUUCAGCCAGAAUUGGUUAUUGUAUUUCAGUUAAUUUAUUUGGUCGCUUGCCCUUCUAGUAAGAAUGAGGAUCUUAUAACAAAUAUGCGUCUAAUUCGUAUAGCUUGGGCUGCUUGGUCUCCUUUUGUUGAAGGUCGAGAAAGGUCGGAACCAGCCGAUACAAUCACACUUCAGACAGGAUCUUGUUUUAGAGAUCUUUCCACUCUUCCUUCCCCUUCUGGAUCUGAGCAAUAUGCAUCGCUUCCGGCAAACCGUUUUCGUAUUGAUGUCCACUUCAACUUCGCUUCUUUAUCUGACCUGGGUGAAGACAAUUUGUCUACUCCAGAGCCAUCUCGUACUCCUAGUAAUAGAUUGGUUCAAAUACGAACACCACCUCAUUCAGACCGCAUUCUUAAAGUAAAGGAUGGAGAGCUUUCUCAACGUUAUGCGACGACGGACACUUCAAAAUUGCCCGAACAUAGUUUGGAAUUGCUACCAAUGACAGAUCCUGAGACUGUUGAUGAUGAUGCUUCUUUGCUUAGGCCAACGAAAAUCCAUUACGAAAAGCCAUUGGUCGUUCAAUCUCAAAAGUUUGCAAAUUAUGGAGCAAUCUACUCGGAGCUCCCUCUUGGCCGCAUAAGCGCAUUGCCUCGAACUUUUAUUCCAUUACUUUCAAAAUUUCCAUCAAUAAACUCCUCAGGCGAGCCAACUCUAAAAGCAGUUGAUAUUGAUACACAAAAUGAAAAACCUCCUGAUAUGAAAUUGGAAUUUGGACAACAUUGGCCUGCCUCCGAAUUUUGCCUUCAAUUUCUGGCUUACUGUUCAAUGAAUGGAGGCUUCCCACAGGCACAAACUCCCCUAAAACUUUUCUUUACCUUCCAAUUUUACCGGUUCCAACAAUUUGUAACUGAAAGUUUGUCUACUAAUUGUAAUGAAGACAAUGGUGCUCCACAACCUUUGUUAUUAUGGCGUCAAGAUGCUAGUGAACACAAACAACAGCCUGUUACGAUUUGUCAUUGAUGGUGCUCAACAACAAGAUUUUACUACUUAUUUAUUAGAACGACAUUUAAUUCUACAUGUUUGGGAGGCUGAUUCAAUUUUUCAUUUGGGUGUUGCUUCGAUUCCUUUGAAGUAUUUACUUCGACAAGGUUCUUCAGGAGUUCAGUGCUCGCUUCAGUGUCAAGUUUUCCAAUCUGGGUUUUCUCCUGAUUUGAACCCUUCACAAGGGCCUAUUAUUAAUGGAGUACUUUUCUUACGUUUUGCUAAUAUUUGUCUUUCAACAGGUUUUAUUCUUAUUUUUGA